AUGGCCAGGGAAGUCCCUCACUGUUGCUUCUUUAUCGAAGAUGCCUCUCCAGCUCUAUUUCUCUGCAGCUUUUAUCACUAUCUGCAACUAUUUUACUUAAUCACGUGUUUUCUGUUCAUUGUGUGCUUCCUAUCUGAAGAUAAGCUUUAUAAGAGGAUCAACUGUAUAUUCAGCAGUUUCUGUGUCAUUUUAGUAAACAUACAUCAGGUAACUGGCUGGCUGGACAAACAAAUAAAUACAUUUAUCUCCAAGGUCCCCUUCAGCUGUAUGAUUUUCUUGCUAUAUAUAUACACACAACUGAGAAUCACUUUGUUGUACACCUGA